GUUUUUUACUUCUAUUUAUAAGGAGUUUUUGGGCUCGUUUGAAUGUUUGUUAAAGAAAAUAUUGAUAUCUUUUAACAAAAAAAAUGUCGAUGAUUUAUGUGCCAUUUAUGGAGAGUAUGGCUAUAGAACAUGUUUUAGCUCUUCAAUUUAUUUCAAAUGAGGAAAAUUUAAUUGUUGGGAGAUCAAAUAGAUUACAAAUAUAUAGUCUUUUGAAGGAGAAAAAGGAGGGAAGACAAUUUUAUUAUAAAUCAGAAAUAUUGCCAUCAUUACAUGUUAGAGAAAAUCAAGAGGAUUUUCUUGGAACGGAUGUAAAAUUAGAACCGUCUCGAUUAGAGACUGUUUGGUCAUUAUUUCUUGUUUAUGAAACGGAAUUAUAUGGAGAAAUUACAUCAAUGACUAAAGUUAGGACAAAAGAUUAUGAUAAAACUAAAAGAGAGUGUAUUUUAGUAGCUUUUAGAGAUGCGAAAGUAUCUCUUCUUGAAUGGGAUGCUUCUAGUUUUGGAAUUUCGACAGUGAGUAUUCAUUUUUAUGAGAAGGAGGAAUAUAGAUCAUCAUUAUCUCCUGAAUUUAAUGCACAAUUGAUUAUGGAUCCAUCCUAUAGAUGUGCAACUCUUAGAUUCUAUGGAGAUAUGUUUGCAAUAAUUCCUUUUCGGCAAAAAGAUAUUCUUUCAUUGGAUGAUGAUAUCAUGAAUAUAACUCAGGAUUCAGAGACAGCUUCCCAAUUGCCAUAUUAUUCAUCAUCGGUUAUAUCGUCAAGGCAGAUGCAUGAAGGUAUUUCACAUAUUAUUGAUUGUGGUUAUCUUUAUGAUUACCGAGAGCCAACUCUUGCUAUUCUUUACUCUGCAUUUCAAACAUCUACGGGUCUCCUUCCAUAUCGCCAAGAUACUGUAAGUUUUACUGCAGUUACUCUAGAUCUUCAACAAAAGGCAUCAACAGCUAUUUAUACAGUCGAUAGACUUCCUUAUGAUUUAUUUAGCAUUUUACCCCUUCCAAAUCCUAUUGGAGGCUCGCUUCUUAUUGGAAACAACGAAUUGAUUCACAUAGAUCAAGCAGCAUGUGUAAAAGCUGUUUCAGUAAAUUCUUUUGCAAAAAAAUGCACGCAUUUGGAUUUUGUUGAGAAUUAUGAUCUUGAUUUAAAACUUAGCGGAGCAGUAGCAACAUAUUUAGCUUCAUCUCCUGAACAACCAGGAGUUGUACUAUUGGUUAUUGAGAAUGGACAGUUUGUUCAAGUAGGAUUUAGGUUAGAUGGUAGAGCAAUUAGUUCUCUUAUAGUAAAAGUGUUAGAUCAGGGUCCCAAAAAUGAUUUCUUUAGCUCAAAAGCAAGCUGUAUGACUUUAUUAAAUAAAGAAUUAUUAUUUGUUGGAAGCAAAUUUUCCAAUGGUGUAUUAUUAGGAUGGAAAAGACAAAGUGAAAUUGUAGAACGGAUAUUAUCAGAACCUCGAGUAAUAUUUGAUGAGGAUAGGGAAAUUCUAAAUGAUUUAUAUGGAGAUAGCUUAGAUAUUAUUGAUAAUAGUCAGAUUUUAUCAGAGAAAGAAGUCUUUGGGGAUAUACAGUUUUGUUUAUUUGAUUCUUUAUGUAGUUUUGGUCCUAUUGUUGAUGCCGCAAUUGGAAAUUCCUUUUUACCCUAUGGAGAUCAGCAUACAGUUUUUGAUUUAGUAACUGCUACAGGAAAAAAUAAAACAGGCUCUAUUAAUAUAUUUAAGAAAAGUAUACAGCCAGAUGUUAUUGGUAGUUUUAACUUUGUUGAUUGUUAUGGAUUAUGGACCGUUUCUCUCAGAAGUUCUGGCAUUGAGGAUUUUAUGGAUGAUUCAUCUUCUUUAAGAGAUAAUUUUGAUAAUUAUUUUUUUAUUUCAAAGUUAGAAGAAAGUUUGAUAUUUACUGUUGGUGAAAGUUUUGAUGAAGUACAAAAUACGGAAUUCGAUACUCGUGGUAAUAUAAUCGAAGUUGGCACUGUAUUUGAUCAUACAAGAAUCGUACAAGUAUCUUGUGAUAGUGUUAGAAUUUAUGAUUCCGAUAUAUCCUUAACACAAUAUGUUUCAAUGUCUGAUAAGGAAAAUCCUUUAAAUGAGACAAUUAUUUUCGCAUCUAUAAUGGAUCCUUAUAUUUUGUUAAAACUCCAAAGCAAUCAAUUUUGUAUACUUUUUGCAAAACAUGAUUCUAAGGAAAUUGUUCAGCUUUUUUUUCCUAAAGCUUUAAAGAAUGAAAAGAUUAUUUCUGCGUGCUUUUUUUCUCCUCAAGGAAUUAUGAAUCAGAGUUUUGACAAUUAUUUUACAAACAAUAAUAUUUCCAAUGAUAUUAAAUAUUUAUUUCUUAAAAAAAAAGAAUCUAAUGAAAAUAACGAUAUAAGAUUUCAAGAAAUUCAUAUGAAUAGUUUCAAUGAUAAUGAUAUAUAUAUAUUAAAAUCUUCAAAUCCUCUGCUUAAGUUUUUUUGUUUUAUUUUAUUUCAAAACAAUGUAUUAAAGAUCCAUGCCCUUCCAUCUAUGGAUUGUGUCUUUGUGUCUAGUAAUUUUUCUAUAUUACCUAAAAUUAUUCAAAAUAGCAUAAAUGAUGAAAAUACAUAUGAAAUUUACGAAAACAAGAUUCGAGAAAUAUUGGUUACAAGUUUGAAUAAUAGAAUGGACGAACCAUAUAUAUUGGUUCGUACUGAAUGGGAAAACGUAAUUAUUUACAAAGGUUUUCUGUAUACUGAAAAUAAUUCUGCAUCAUUUCCUUUACGUUUUUUAAAAAUUGACUUGUUUAAAUCUUCAACAGAUAUAUUUACUGUCCAUAAUUGUCAAAGUAGUGAUAUACAGGUUAAUAAUUCUAAUAAUCUUAAAAAUAAUCUUAAUGAAUUACAUCAAAAAUCUAUGGUACCUUUUGGUGGUAAAAAUGAUAUUAGAUGUGUUUAUGUUGGAGGGACGUCAUCAUAUUUUAUUAUCAAAACACCACAUUCAUUACCACAUUUGUUUCCUGUAAAUAUUAAGAAUAAAAUAGUAAGAUUCUCUUCAUUUAAUACAUUGAAUUACGAAAAUGGGUUUAUUUAUAGUGAUUCUGAGAAUAUUAUAAAUAUUGGGAAAUUAAGUGAUGAUUAUAUUUAUAAUGAGUCAUUGGCUAUAAAAAAUGUGGUGAUUGGAAAAACAGUUACAUCUAUUGCAUAUCAUCUUUCUAAACAUGUCUAUGCUAUUUGUACAUCUGAAAUGGAGGAAUACGAGGUUUUAGAUGAAGAUAAUGAAUUAUUGUUUGAACAUGAAAAUGAUCCUAGUGCUCUUCCUAAACUUCCCCAUGGUUUUUUGGAGUUGUUAUCUCCUAAAACAUGGGAAGUAAUUGAUAGAUAUUCAUUUGCAAAAAAUGAAGCAGCAGUUACAAUUAAAUCUGUUAAUCUUGAAGUUUCUGAACAUACUAAAGUUCGUAAGGAAUUUAUUGCAGUUGGUACUGGUAUAUUUCGUGGAGAAGAUUUAGCUAUGCGUGGUUCAACAUAUCUUUUUGAAAUAGUCGACGUAAUACCUGAGCCAAAUAAACCUGAGACAAAUAAAAAAAUGAAAUUAAUUUGUCGAGAAGAGGUUAAAGGGGUUGUUUCUGCAAUAUGUGAUAUAAAUGGAUAUCUUUUAAGUGCACAAAGACAAAAGGUUAUUGUUCGAAGUUUAGAAAAUGAUGAGAGAUUAGUUGGUACCGCUUUUAUUGAUUUGAAUAUGUAUGUUUCCGUUGCAAAAAGUAUUCGAGAUCUACUUUUGUUUGGAGAUAUAAUGAAAAGUAUAUGUUUUGUGGGAUUUUCUGAAGAACCCUAUAAAAUGGUUCUUUUUGGGAAAGAUCAUAGUUCUAUAUCUGUUUCAUCUGCAGAAUUUUUGGUAGACAAUGAACAUUUAUAUUUUGUAGUUGGUGAUGAUGAUGGAAAUAUUCAUGUCUUUAAUUAUGAUCCUGAAAAUUCACAAUCACUUUUUGGUCAAAAAUUGCUUAAACGAGGGGAUUUUCAUGCUGGUUCUCAAAUAAGAUCUAUAUUGAUGCUUCCUAAGCAAUCUUUCCAAGAAAAUAUAAGUGAUUCAGAGGAAAUUCUAUCGUCUAAGAAUCAGGAUUCUUUAUGUUUAUGUAUUUCUGACAACGGAGCUAUGGGCCUAUUAAUUUUACUUCCAGAAAAAAUAUAUAGAAGACUUUAUUUUAUUCAAGGUCAACUUAUUAAUACUGAAGAUAAAAUAGCUGGACUAAAUCCUAUUACAUAUAGAAUUUCUACUUAUAUUAAUAAAACAUCUAAUCCUGCUCGAGGAAUUUUAGAUGGAAAAUUAUUAUAUCAAUAUAAUAAUCUUCAAAUUGACAGACAGCAAGACAUGGCCCGCAAAUCUGGUGCUCCUGUUGCGACUAUUAUUUAUGAUCUUUUAAAAAUUGAUUAUUCUUUUGGUUAUUUGUAA